AUUAUUAAUUCACAUACUGUUUUUAAUCAUUUUUAAAGUCGUAACAAUAUUCUUUCAUUUGUUUUUGUCACACACAGUAAUCUUGCUUUGAGAAUAGAAGAUUAUGAAGAGUACUUUAAGCGGAAACAUGCGGAUUCCAACUGUGGUUUUGCUGAAGAGUAUGAGGAAUUGAAAUCUGUUGGAAAGGCACAGUCAAAGGACGCUGCAGAGGCUAUUGAAAACAAGGCGAAGAACCGUUACACCAAUGUUUUACCUUAUGAUGCUUCAAGAGUGAAAUUAUCAAUGUGUGGCAACCCCUUUGAUGACUACAUCAAUGCCAACUAUGUUCCAGGCUACAAUUCAAGAAAAGAAUUUAUAGCUGCUCAGGGUCCGUUGCCUGUUACAGUGAAUGAAUUCUGGAGAAUGAUCUGGGAGAAGAAUGUCUACACCAUUGUGAUGCUGACCAAAUGUAACGAGCUGGGACGGGUGAAAUGUGAGAAGUACUGGCCAUCUGGGACAAAUCAUUAUCAUAACAUCUCAGUGACGACCACCUCAGAGAUAACACUGGACAGCUGGACCAUAAGAGACUUCAAAAUUAAAAAUGUGAAAACAGCAGAAACUCGCUACGUACGCCAGUUCCACUUCACAGCGUGGCCGGAUCAUGGAGUUCCACAGACCACUGAAGUCCUCAUUGACUUCAGACACCUGGUGAGAGAACACAUGGACCAGUACUCACGCCACUCUCCAACUGUGGUGCAUUGCAGUGCCGGUGUGGGAAGAACAGGAACCUUUAUUGCUAUUGACCACCUGAUUUUCCAGAUUGAAAGAGAAAGCAUGGUGGAUGUCUACGGAAUUGUUAAUGAUAUGCGCAUGCACAGGCCUCUCAUGGUGCAGACUGAGGAGCAGUAUGUUUACCUUCACCAGUGUGCGUAUGACAUAAUUCGAUCAAGAACCGGAACCAAUGUGGACUUAAUUUACCAGAACACAGAAGCAAUUCACUCCAUCUAUCAGAAUGUAAAAUACAUAAAAUCAUAAAUGUAGACGGCCUUAAGAUUUAAAAGAGCGUUUUAAGUUUUCUUUCAAAAUAAUGUAAUGCAUUCUUUACAUAUAGUUCAAUCUAAUUUAUUUUCUUGCACGAUACACAAAAAACGUUGUGUAACAUUUUAAUUUUAAUAAAUAAAUAUAAAAGAUUACACUAGAAAGAAUGCAACAUUUUCUAUGUUAAUUUUGAAGUAAACAGCAAAUAAUGUGUAAGUUAUAAAUUAUAUUUAUAGUUUAAAUUAUAUUUAUAAUAUUUCAAUCAAGAGAUCUUUAUUUUUUUUUUUAAUUACAUGUCCAAUAUGUAUCAUUUUACAUGAUAUAUUUACUGCAAUAUCAAACCCCUAAACAUUUUAAUACUGACAUGUUUGUAUUUGCUCAUAGAGGCCUUUGUGAAAUCCCAUGUUUUAUAAAAUGCUUAUCUUUUCAAUGUUAUUUAGAGGAAUAUAUCUUAGAUUAUUUAAACAUUUAGAGAAGAAAUAAAAUGAUUUUACUUUUUUCCCCACUAGAAGGCACCACCAACCUGUCAAUGCCUGGUACAAAUGUGAAUAUGUUUGAGCUAUUAUGUUGAUAAUUAGAAAGAAAAUAUGACUGUUAUGGUUUAUAAGUUUUAUUAUUAUUAUUAUUGUUAUUGUUAUUAUUAUGUUGUUGUUGUUUUAAGGGUUUAGCUGUGUGCACAAAAUUCAACCUGCUCUGCUGGAUAUGAGCAUUUGCUUGGGAUUUGUAAUUUAUAUUGCGUUUUAUUUUUAUACAGUACUAAUUUGAUUAGACAAGUAGCUUUCCAAGAGUGCUAAUAUUUAGUAAACGAGCACAGCUACAAACUAUCCUGAAAAGUUAGUAACUCUAUAUUAAUUUUCUGUUUAUGGCACUUUUGUUUAAAAGCAAUCACACCUGCAACUGUACUGUUAUUAUACUUAGCAGCUGUGAUUACCUGCACUCUUACUUGUGCAAUAUUUCUUAAAUAUAUGAUAAAGCACUAUAUAAAAACUGUUUUUACUAUUUAUACAUUUCUGUGAUCAACAUUUGCAAUUAUUUGACAUUUUUAUUUUUAUUUAAACAACAGUGCGCUAGAAUCUUUUUCCCACUUUCAUUUCACUCUGGUCACUUACUUGCUUCUUGCUUCUAUAUUUUUUGAACAUACAUAUGUGAUGAGGCUAUUUGCAUAUAAGGAGUGUCUUUAGCUCUUUUUAAUUUUAUCAAAUUAUGAUCCAUUCUUUGUGAUAAUUCUGAUACAUGCUGGAAACUGUGAACACAAAAUGAAUAAAAAUAAAUGAAUUAAAAAAAUA